AUGCCGAAAGCGACAAAUACGGCGAGUAUGGGACGCCUUGGCCUGGCGCCCAACACUUACGUGCCGGUUCCAGGCCAGUCGGGCAACGGGGCAAGCGACUCGCGGGCAGCAAAAAGAAUCAAGACAUCCGACGGCGCCUCCAGAUCGUCAACACCACCUGCAAAGAAGCCGACUCCAAGCAGAGGGAUACCGCCGGCAGCGCAAGCCGCCACACUGGGCAAGUACAAGCUCAACGCCUGGGCAGCGGAAUCCCGUGCGGCAGUACCUCCUCCAAGUGCCACACCGAAGCCCAGCGCUACCAAUGCCAACAAAGCUCCGUCCGUCCAAGAUAUCAAUAAGGCGCUCAAGACAAACGGUGCGCCUACACUGAAUGGGGUCAGGACGAGCAGCCCACGUGCACUUCAUAUCGGUCGCCGGCCAGGUAGCAGCUCAGGUCCAGUCAAGCCAGCGCCACCGACACGAGAGACGCCUCGAACGUCACAGGCACCGGCCAUUCGACAACAUCAAUCCCGUGACGCGACUGCGUACAAUGGAGCAAGUGCGGGCAUGCCAACCAGAGGCCCAGGAAGACCGCGCAGUCGCCCUUCGCCAGGUGCAGGCAACGUCCCAUCAAGGCCAAACUACUUCGCGGGCCCUGCGAAGGAGCAGAUUCCAGAUGAAGAUGGAGAUAGCGUCAUGUCCGAUGUCUCGUCCUCAGCAGACUCUGUGCCGCGACAGCCAUCGGAUAAGACGAAGAGCGGAAAUGUCCAUCAUGGUCUCGGACCAGCAGUCGCUGCAUUCCACUCAUCCAACCUGCCAAAGGGCGCGCAUGUACCUGCACCGCCACCCUCCAUCGGACGCAAGAAAACGAUGAACCCGUUCGACACUGCACAAGAUAAUUACCUUAUCUUCCUCAAAGAGGUCAAACAGUUCACAUGGGCACAAAUCACAGCGGAGUACAACACCGACAUGCCUUACCGUCCAUACGCAGCACUUCAGUCUCGCUACUCGACCUUCCUCAAUAAGAGGGACCGAUCUCAAGAUCCCUCAACGUUGAUCUUGCCCCCUCGGUGGGCUGCAGAGGCGGAUGUUGACUGGAAUGCCAUCCGUAGUACCAGCGCUCCAUCAAGAGGGCCGAGGAGCAACCUGUCCGCUUCGCAAUCUCACCAACCUAAACGCCAGGAGCAGGCAGUGCCCAAACACCUACCAGUUCAACAGACUAUCGAACACGACUACUCCUCAGGGGGAGACUCUGCACCUCGGAGAGAGCGAUCGCGCCGGACACAGCGAGUCAAUUACACUUGGCCGAAGCAGCGGGGUAUUCCGGCAGCUGGGGUCGAAGAGGGGUUCAUGGAAGACAACUAUGAAGCCUUCGCGGACGAUUUUGGUCACGCUCGGUCAGAGACGUCUCCAGAGGACGACUUUCCUCUGCCUAGUAAGGCGAUCGCCGUCGAGAAUGAGCCUGUAGACGUUCAUUUCAAUGCGGACGAUGCUGAAAUAGGAUUGAGUCUCCGACGUACGAAGUCGCGCAAGGACACGACCAAGAAAGUGCCAUAUCUCAGCACUUCGCAACGCCUGUCGGUACAAAACCCGCCUGCUGGGGACUGGGACCAGUUGUCUAGUCGCGAUUGGCAAGGAACUCUAGUACAUGUCGAUUUUAGCCCAGACGAGAUCGCUUUAGUAGAGAAGGCUAUCGCAUUGACGAGAAGGAUCACACCCACAAUAUCACGACACCGCACAAAAGGAAGGCAGCUGCGCGAAAACUUGAAGGCUUUUACAGAACCACAGAUCCUUCGACUGAUCGAAAGCCUCCUUCAUCGUUUGCCCUGCCGCGAUCGGAGUAGCAUUCAAGCCUUUGUACAAGAUGCAUUAGCCGGCGAUGUUGCAGAAGUACCGCAAAUACAGAGGCUUGCAGCUGCGCGACCUGAAACAGAGAUGCAAUCAACCCAGAAGCAAUCCACAACAUCGAUCAUCCGUCAACGUGAGCUAGGCCUCCAGUCCAGAAGAGGCUGGCAUAGUGCGUCAAAUCCGCUUACCUACCAGGUCAAGAACAAGUAUAUGGACACCAUGGGACCGGCAGCUUGCUGGACGGGCGCCUCAAGCGACAUCCACACUGUUGCAUGGGCGCCGGACGGUGAGCACUUUGCUGCUGGUGCUGUCGCUGUUGACGAUCCAGACUCGAUGCAAUACAAUCGACCGAACAACCUCCUCUUCGGUAGUGCCGUGCAUGGCACAAUCCAUGAAUUAGCAGAACAUUAUAAGAUCCGCGAGAAGACCGAGACCGGCGCGAACUCAGGCCAUGCCAUGUUCGCCUCCCAAGACCCAAAGCUUUACACUACAGUCAGCUCGGUAGCGUUUUCGAAUACCAGUCCGUAUAUGUACUCGUCGGGUUACGACGGACAUAUCGGUAUCUGGAGAACAGACUCAGAGGCAACACAGCCAGUGCUAGCUGCGAAGCUCAACGUGAAAGACCAGAUCGAUAUUCUGUCAGUCAACCGUACGAAUCCCGGCAUGAUAGCAACAGCAGCAAAGAACUUCAACGAGAAGGCUAUAAGAGUACUCAAGAUAGAUGAAGCGGAGCCGUGGAACUUCGCAAAGUCGAGCUUUCACUCAAACAAGGCCGUUGCACGCGCAGACCUAAGAAUACUCCCUUCCGCCUUGCAGUUCGAGCCCACGUUUGGCGCGCUUCUUCUCGCAGGCUUCGGUGCAAACUUGAAGGAGACAGGACUUGAUAUGACAGGCGAUCUCUGCUUGUGGGAUGUUGAAACGCAGACCCCGUACAAUAUUCACGGCUCUAACAAGAACAUUUUCGACGUCACUUUCAACCCAAACCGCUCUAACAUGCCAUUGUUUGCUGCCGGAUGUGUAGCGACAGGUUCCACUGUCAACCGCGGUACCCGCUCGACGAUCCGCCUCUACGAUGUAAGAGAUGACAGUAAGUUCACCUGUCCUAUCGAGUUCGAAUGUAAAGCUCUGGAUAUGAACGAUGUCAUUUGGUGCCCGCAUGACGAGCGGCUCAUUGCUGCUGGCUGCACAGAUGGAAAGGUCUAUGUCUGGGAUGCGCGUUGGCCAGAUGACCCUCUGCGCGUACUCUCUCACGGCAGCUCAUUGAUGCCUCUCCAAGAGGGAAUCAAGCAUGAGAUUACAGAUACCGGCAUACGGUUCUUAUCGUGGGGUGAGAAUGCCACUCGGCUUUACUCUGGUUCAUCCGACGGUGUGGUCAAGGUCUGGGAUGUUACGCGCGCGGAAGAGAACACAUUCAUCAAGGAUUUGGUCACCACAGAUUCCGGUAUCAUGUCUGCUGCAUUUAGUCCGGAUUACAGUAAACUUGUCGUUGGAGAAGUGAACGGCUCCAUCAACGUACUUGAAGUCGGCAGGGACGAUACCUCUAUCAAGGAUGCAGACAGGCUACGUUAUAUGCCGUACCAGGACGAUGAGCAAGACGACAUUCAGGAUGAGGCUGGCGAUAUCACUCGUCUAGCACCCGAGUCCGGUGUUGCUGAAGGCAACUAUCUACUGCAAACUCAGCAGCUACAAGUCGCGCCUAUGGGAAGUUUACCAAUCCGACAAGUUCUCCAAGGUGUGAACUACGCUGGUCCAUUCGAUAGGGGUAUCGAUGCGCCAUUCCUCCGCGAACAAGCAUUGCAGUUCCAGCUCGGUCUUACAACGUCGCGAGGCCCCCAAUGCGACAUCCCUCCCUGCAAGGACAACCUCAACAAAGUCACGAGCGAGGACGUCGGCGAUUCGGGACGAAGCGCAGACCGUAUUCCAGAUGAACUGCGUCGACAAUGGAAGGCUAUCGACAAUAAAAGCACCAUUAUACCCGGCAAAUCGAAGUGCACGUACUGUGCCCGCCCUGCCCGCCCGUCUACGACAGACAACAGCGACGUUGUCCUAUGUGAGCGCUGCUCAUUCGCUUGCUUCCGAUGUGGUUCCGUCAAUCCCAUUGCCCCAGCUACCACCACACUCAUUUGCGACUCGUGCGCUGGAGUCUGGGACAUUGGCGUCCUCGGCUAUGAUUGCGUUCAGCAGCCGUAUGCUCACAACAGGCACAUGCAGUUGGAUGUCCCAACGUUGAAGAGGUGGGGUGAAGAAGCUUACGCGGACAAGGAGGAUGACUUCGAUACGAAUCACGGCGACGAGAUGAAUGCGCUGACCAAUUACUACCUCUCUUUGGCUAUCGACCGGCCGGAGAGUCCGCCGUUGUAG